AUGCCAGAACCUUACUGCAGACCAACUUGGGAUUCCUUCUACUGCUGGCCGUCGACGGCUGGUGGCACUACUGUCGCAAGACUGUGUUCGGAGAUAUUUGCCAAUUUCGACGUUGGAUUUGAAGGAUCUAAGGAUGAUGCUGAAGCUUACCGCAUUUGCAGCAGCGAUGGACAAUGGCUCUGGGGCAACUGGACAAACUACACUCAGUGCAUGGACCUUCUGCCCAAUAACGAUGAUAUGGCCGUUGGACACAAAACAGUCAGCUGGAUUUUGUUUAUUUGUUCUUUCAUCUCUCUCAUCACUCUUAUCCUCACCCUUGCCAUUUUCUGCUAUUUCAAAUCCCUGCAAUGCUCCCGACUUCGUGUUCAUCGCAAUUUGGUGGUAUCUCUCAUCAUUCAUUCAGUACUGCUCAUGAUUAUUCCGUCAACGGUCUUAUUCCGAACAUCCCUUCCGCCCUACACUAACAUUGAAUGGCUGUGCAAACUACUGAUGUGCGUCAAAAUGUAUGCAGCAAUGGCCAGCAUCAACUGGAUGUUUGUAGAGGGACUCCUUCUGCAUAGCAGAAUAACUGUAUCUGUCUUCAAACAAGAUGCUCCUUUCAAAUUAUACUAUUUAAUAGGAUGGGGUUUGCCUCUGCUCUUUGUCUCGUCGUGGGCUUUCAUCAUGUCUCGUGAGCUUCAUACGCCCUGCUGGAAAGGUUACGGGAAGUCAAGCUACGUUUGGAUCCUGACUGGUCCCAUGAUAACAGCUCUGCUGGUAAACAGUGUUUUUAUGGUAAAUAUAGUACGGAUUUUGAUAACGAAACUCAACCGUAGUUCUUCAAUAGAAAAAAGACAAAUUACGAAAGCAGUGAAAGCUACCGCGCUCUUGUUCCCACUACUGGGGCUCACUCAUCUCAUGUUUUGCAUAAACCCUAAAGAUGACGCCAUGUUUGAAGAAGCUUACAUGAUAACAAACGCCGUUCUCCAGUCUUCGCAGGGUUUUUUCGUUGGCUUACUUUACUGCUUUAUGAAUUCAGAGGUUCAAACGGUGCUAAGGAACAGCUACUUGAGAGCGGUCAUUCGUCACAACCCCAAUCAUCGCUACACGAGGAGGAGCAUCCCACGAACUUCCACCGCAUUCCUCUCCCACACCGAAGUGUCCAUGGCGGACACUGCGCGACACAAGGUCGCCCCCUACAGAAAGACUCUGGUCCCACUGCAAGAAAUGUCUGUCAACGGACGGAAAACUGGCGACAACGGAAACGCAGAGAGGGCUUAUGUGUUCUGAAGCGAUGUCUGCCAAAAAAAAAAAAAAAAACAGGAAAGCGCCAGCGAAGAUA